AUGAACUUUUUAUCAAACGCUAAAUCAAGAAUAAAUUCGUCGUCAGUACCAAAAUUAGCACCAACUGGAAAAAUAAUACAAGGCGAUCUAAAAACCGUAAUACCAUAUGUUCAAAAUGAUAUAUCUAUAACCAAAGCACAAUUAAAACAAUAUGAAAAUAACGACAUGUAUAGUAAAUUAAUAAAUCUUAUACAGAAGAACCAAAAGCAGAAUAAACAACACUUGGAUGAUAAAUAUAUAAAUCAGAAAGAUUCUCCAAAAUACCAAUGGGCAUUAUUUGAAUUAUACAAACUGGAAUUAGACGAAUAUAGUGAUUUAUUAGACAUGUUUAAGAACAAUUACACUCAUUUAUUAUGUGAUAAUAAUCUACUUAAUUACAAAUUAUCAAAAUCUGCAAAAUCAACAUCUAUUACAUCAUCAACAAGUAUGUUAAAAUCGAGAGACAGUUCAGUUUUCUCAAGAGAUUCCUCGACAUCUUUGAAAUCUUUCAAUGUAGACAUAGACGAUGAUGCUCCCGAUCAUUUAUUAGAUCCAAUAUCAUUUGAAUUAUUCGUAGAACCAGUAAUUACACCAAGUGGUAUAACAUAUGAAAAGAAACAUUUAGUAAGUCAUUUGAGAAAUAAAGGCCAAUUUGAUCCAAUAAGUAAACAAUCACUAAAUCAGAAACAAUUAUAUCCUAACUUAACUAUUAAAGAUUCAGUUGAAGCUUAUAAAGAUCAAAAGAUUAAAGAAAUCAAUGCAGAAAACUAUAUAGAUAUUUGUUAA